GAGCUCUAGCCCUGGCUUUCUCUCUGACCCUGUCAACUGUUCAGUGAUCCCGGAUGGCUUGGCUCUCCUCCGGCCGCGGUGUCUAGCUGCUUUCCCUGGCCGUGGCUCUAUAAAGUGCUGAUAUAUUCCAUGUGCAUAGAUAUAUCUAUCUUUUUUGACUCUUGUGGGUCCCCGGGUUUCCUGUUCCAACACCAACCACCCCGUUUCUCGAUUCUUUUUUUAGAAAAAAAGAGGCAGGCAGUUGUGUCCGAGUCCUGAUCCGGAGCUGAGCUGAGCUCUGUGGCGUGUGUUGGUACCUGCCUCCGGUUGUGUUCACGGCCUCUGGCUGAUGUUUACUGUUUGAUUGUCCCAGAUCAAUCGGCUGGCAUGGUGGAGGUGAUAGUGGUGGCUGCGGCGGCGGUAGUAGUAGCAGCAAGCAGCUGCCUCGCCGUUCCUUCCGAGUUUCGCGAUCCCAGUGAAGGAGGGCUGCUCUCUCUCCUCUCCCAAUGCAAAAACGCCAGCGCUUUUUGAAACAUGAAUGCCGCGGGACGCCAGCGAACGCAGAUCCGCUUCUUCAGACACACCGGGCAAAUGUAAACAGCUUUUCUUUAUAUAUAGAGAGAGAGAUAUAUCGAUAUAUAUACAACAAAAAACUUUUCCCCCCUCUCUCUCUCUCCAACAACAACAACAAAAAACAACAAAGAAAAACCUUUUUUUUGUCACGAUUGUAUGAUGAUUGCUAAUAUCCGGAUCUUGAUCGUGGAGUUGAUGAAAAAACAGUGGAAUAGUCACAAGGAUAGCUUCUAAUGCAGCGAUGAGUGAACUCGACAAGAGACGCUGGGUUGCAAUGAGUUAGUUAUUCACAAGCUAUUAUUUUUAAUUUUUUUUUUGUUUAGUUGGUUUUGUUCCUGACAGAAAAGCAGCAACAGGAGAGGAAAACAAAAAGGAACGGUGGGCUCCUGUGUAUUUAGAGAUUUUUGUUUUUGUUUUGUUGUGUGUGGGGACUGGUUAGAUUUUAUUCACUUUUUUUGAUUGAAGUGGGUUUUUUUUUGGUGGGGGGAAGAAAAAGAAGAGUUGUCCCGAAAUAAACUGUGGUUGUUGGGUUGACAGCUUGGCUGGGGGUGGAGGGGAAGGGAAGCUGGAGAUUAUGGGGGAUUUUGUAGCUCCCACGGCCGCCGCGAACGACAGCGGCAGCGGGAUGGGAGCGGCGGCCGGCGCCAGCGGAAUUCCCAAACACAGCACGGUGGUGCAGAGGCUCCGGCAGAGGAUCGAGGGCUUCAGGAGGCACCACAACAACUGCGAGGUGAGGCGCCAGCAAGCGCAGGCUCAGCAGAUCGAGCUGGACCGCCAGGAGACCUUGACGCUCCACCAGCGGUGCCUGGAGCUCAAGGCGAAGAAGACGGGCAAGCAGCGGCAGGAGUCCGCUUCCCGGAGCAAGCACUGUGAGCCUGAGCCGCCUCCUCCUGCCUCAGCUCCGGAGCAGAGGAGCAACACACUGAUCGCGCUUCAAGAAACUGUAAAGAGGAAGCUUGAAGGAGCACGUUCCCCGUUAAAUGGUGACCUGCAAAAUGGAGUUUCUGAUAGCAGCUUCUCUCCAAGUAGCAAACGAGUCCGAAAAGAGGGACUUGGGUUAGACCACAGCAACACCCUGUCAAGUAAGAUCCCUGUGCCUUCAGUCUCUCCUCUGCAUCAACUUGACAUAAAGUCAUCAUUGCCAAUACCAACCAGCGGAAAUAAUUCGACAGGCUUUGAUGACAUAAGCAAAGAGAACAGACAUGCCAGAGUGAACCUGCAGGCUAAUGGCACCAGAGACGAAGACGACUUCAACCUAAUAUUAACCAAGGAGCUUAAACAAGAGCCAAUUGAUGAUCCAGGUUGCAUGGACUCAUCAGAUGCUUCCCUUCUCCACCAGAACAAACUGUUCUCCGAUAUCAAUCUUAAUGAGCAAGAAUGGCAGGAAUUAAUUGAUGAACUAACAAGCACAGUUCCGGAAGAUGAUAUGCAUGAUCUGUUUAAUGAGGAUUUUGAUGAAAAGAAAGAGAUGGAGGUUAUCAGACCCACAUCACAGACCCCAAUCCCACCAGAAAACACAAAUAUAAAGAGUGAGAUGUGCCAAUCUCCUUUUAAUCAGAUGUCGAUGGGAUCUCCACAAGUUAGGCCAUCUUCAUCCGGCCCUCCAUUUUCUAAUGUCUCUACAGUCUCCAGUGUGUCCUCUGUGUCAAGUAUUUCAUCCCUUUCUGCUUCCGCCACUUCACCAGUAACGUCUGUGAGCCAACCCCAGCAGCAAACCCCAAAUCAAAGUCAAGCACAUGCAAGGUCUGGAAAUGGCUUUUUGUUAACUACAUCUUCUGGGUCAGGAUCAGGACAGGGUCCAGGGCCAGGAUCUGGGCCAGGAACUCUACCGUCAAGUGGUUCUGAUCUUUCUCGAGCUGAGCAGUUAAAACAAAUGGCAGCUCAGCAGCAGCAAAGAGCGAUGCUGUUACAACAAAAACAGCAGCACGCACAACCACACCAGCAGAAUCCGACACCCAGCUGGUCACCUGCAGCUCCACCACACAGCCCUUUCGGAGGCCCCUUUAAUCCAGACAAGCCAAAUAGCCCGAUGAUGUACCCACAGGCCUUUAAUAACCAAAAGCCUAUGGUGCCUACUAUGACAAACAACCCUCAGAAGGCCAUGAAUAACUACCUCUCACAAAACCCCAUGAACAUAAUGAAUCAACAGCCAAAUACGAUAGGGCAGACCUCUGUGAACAAACAGCCUAUGCUUUCAUAUGCUAACACUAAGCCACUGUCUCAUUAUAACAUUGAGCCUGUGGGCCAGAGAAUGACCCCACCAAUGGCUAAUCAGAACAAAGCUCCCAUGAUGCCCUACUUGCCACAACAGCAGCCACAUGUUCAAUCUCAGGCUUCUCAUAUUAGCGAGGAGCAGAAGCGUUUGCUGUUAAUGAAGCAGAAAGGACUACUGCCCCAGACAAUACCUUAUGGAACGCUGCCAAGCCAUGGUCCGGAUCAGAGUCCAGUGGGAACCUCGCGGCCGGCAGCAUCUGUACAGACCCCUGUCCCUGGCCCUGCCACUGGCACUGGGGUCCCGGUGCCCGGCUCGAUGACUGCUAGCCCUGGAGGCCCCAGUUACCUUGGAAACCAGCAGCAGGCAGUCAUGAUGAAGCAGUUGUUGAUGGAGCAAGAAAGACAGAGAAUGCAUCAGCUUCACAUGAUGGAACAGCAGAAGCAGCAGUUAUUCAGGGAGCAGAGGCAACAGCAACAGUUGCUGGCAGAGCAGCAGCAGCACGACCAGAUGCAGAGGCAUCUCCCCAGAACGCAUCCACAGUGCAAAGACCAGCAGAGGAAUCCAUAUCCUGUUCAACAGGUCGGCCAGUUCCAGGGUGCCGCCCAGGAAUUGGCAGCUGCACGGAACCAGGCUCUCCAAAAUGCAAUUCGUCCCCGGAUGAUGGCACACAAUCCAGGCAUGAUACAGAUGACAUCAGUCCAGAAUUCUGGCACAAUACCUGCCACCACUGGACAGUCAGAGAUUGGCAUGGCGCCCUACAGUAAUGCCCAGAGCAGCCAACAAGGAAUGUACAGUAUGAGUCCAGGCAUGAACCAAAUUCUUCAACAUUCAAACCAAAGUAACACGAGCAUGGCACGUAAUGUUAGCCAGAUGCAGAAACAGCCUAUUGCAGGACAAGGGGUUGGAAUGGUACCUGGUUAUGGACAAAACCUACUUGGAAACCCUGUGCUAGCCCAACAACAACAGCAACAACACGUCAAAGGACCAGGAGGGCAAACAAUGCCCAAGGCUCAAGCUCAAAGACUACAGCUCAUUGGAAGCUCUGGUACACCAGCUCAGAGCUGGCAGCAGCACAGUUUGCAGAGCUUGCCCAACAGAACUCAAGCAAACAGUGAGUUAAGUCCGUUCAACAGCAAGUCAGCUUAUCCGAUGCAACCUGGUCAAGCUAAGAUGGCCAAGCAGCAUUUUUCCCAGACAAUGGGGCAGCCAGUUCUUGAGACUGCCGGUACAGUUGGAGGACAAAUGAUGCCUCAUUUUGCAGGACACCCAAGGACCAACCAACCGAGACAAAUAGUAAUGUCUGGCAUGACCCAGACAAUCCACAGUAUGACUGGUUUUAAUCAGGCCACAGGCCAACAGUUGACAGCAGGUUGCUACACACAAAGCAACCCAGGUCAGGGGUAUCACACAAGAACCACAAAUCAGGACAUGUCCUUUAAUUACGUCAGCCAGUCAGGGGCUGGUUCCUUCUCUAAUUUAUCAGACAGUGGCGAUCUGAUGGACUCUCUUAUCAAAAGUGGAUCGACAGAAGGCUGGAUGCAAGAGUUUGAUGAAAUAUUUGGUAACCAGCAGUAGAUUGGGUGAAAAUGAGUUUUUAAUUAUUAAAAAAAAAAGCUGUUAAAUUAAGGCUUCCUCUAAAUAAAAGUGUUUAGGGACCAAGUAAAGUAGGCCUAGUUUUGUAGUUGCACUGCUGUUGCAUUACGGUGCUGAUGUACAUGUAGAUGUGAUCCAAACUGUAAUGGUUUCAUGUAAAUAGGUUUUUAUAUAAGUCCAAAUAUAAGGCUUAUCAUUGGGUCUACUUCCUGUAAAGAAUGGCUCUUAGUUUAACAGAACAUUGAAGUAUUUUUAUUUCAUUUUACAGUUUUCAAUUCAUCAAGAAAGCAAUGAUAUUGCACUUCAGACAAUGUCUAACUAAUUAUUUGUACUGUAAACUCUAAACAGAUGUGUUCAUUGAAUACAAUUUUUUUGUAGAUUUCAUUUUUACUCUGUAUCUUAAGCAGUGCUUGGAACCUGAGCUCAGUUCUUUUUAAAUCUGUACAGAAUCCUUGACUGUGUAAAAGUGUGAUGUUGAAUAACAUUUUCUUUGGGGAGGGUGGGAGGUGGGAGGCAUCAGGGGAAAGGGAGAAUGUUAUGUCAAUGAAUCAUGAGAUCUUAUUAAAAAAGAACUUUAAUGUGAAU